CACGGGGCGGGGCGGCCGGGAGCGGCUCCGACAGCGCCGGGAGCGGCUGAGCCCGAGCAGCAGAUAGAGCCGGGCCGGCCGCCGGUAGGAACCAAAGGUGCCGCUCAGUGUUGCCACAUAGAAUUGAGUCCCCCGGUGUCGGCCCGGGGUCGGUCCGGGCCCGGCCGCGGGGAUGGAGGAGAAGGAGCUGCAGGAACGGCUGCGGGAGGCGGCGGCCAUGGGGGACGGCGAGGAGGUGCGGCGGUUAUUGGGGCUCGGGGUCAGCCCCAACGCGCAGAACGAAGUGAACGGAUGGACGUGCCUGCACUGGGCCUGCAAGCGGAACCAUGCGACCGUGGUGGCCCAGCUGCUGCUCGGAGGUGCCGAUAAGGAGAUCGUCAGCAGGAAGGGAGAGCGGCCGGCACAGCUCACAACACGCACGGAGAUCCGCAAGAUGCUGGGAGUGGAAGAGGAGGAACUCCAAAACGUAACAACGGAUUCAGAGCUGCCCAUCAUCCCUAACUACCUGGCUAACCCACCAUUCCCAUACGUGUAUAACUCCAUGAGCAGCAGCCUCCCAGAGCCCCCGCUCAAUGGCAGUGUGUCACACGGGGAACAGCCGAGUUCUGCCUCCUCCCUGCUGCCCGCUGCUGAGCUGUGCGUGCGCCCAUCAGCACGCUGUGAGGACGCAGCUCGUGCUGUGGGUGAUGGAGCGCUGCCAGCUGCACCCAGUGGCUGUGCUGGAGUGCGGUGCUCCGGGGCUGCAGCUCAGAACACGUUGUUCCAGGCAUCGUGGGGCAGAGCUCCUCCUUCCCCUGCUGGACCGCAGCAGCCCGGAGCUCCGCUGGGGAGCAGCUCCUGCACGGGGCCCAUGCCGACCUUCCAGCCCGUGUUCUUCACAGGAGCUUUUCCACUUAAUAUGCAAGAACUGGUGCUUAAAGUUAGAAUACAGAACCCUAGUCUUAAGGAAAAUGACUUCAUUGAAAUCGAGCUGGACAGACAAGAGCUGACCUAUAAGGAACUGCUCCGAGUGAGCUGCUGUGAGCUGGGUGUUAACCCUGAACACGUACAGAAGAUCAGGAAAUUACCAAACACGAUGCUAAGAAAGGACAAAGAUGUGGCCAGGCUACAGGAUUUCCAGGAACUGGAACUUGUUCUGACAGUAAGCGACAAAAGCUUCCCUUUCAGAGCUCCAGCACUUUCCGAACAGAGUGGUUAUAACAAGAAGGCAUCAGAACUGACCUAUUAAUUGCUUAAAGAAUAAAACAAACUCUUUCUAUCUCUCAUUUUAAAAUUACAUUUGAAAUACAAUAUCUAUAAGGGCUAACGAUGUGAAAAAAAAAUCUAUUUUGUUAACUUUGAAAUAAACUGAAGGUGUUCUGCACUAAAGAUGGUAACCUCAAGUUAAUGUGAAAGAACUCAGUCUGACCUGAGAGCAGCUCACUGAUGGAAGCAUUGCUAACCAGUCCCCAAUGAGGGCUCCUUACAGACCAUUGUCCUGCAAUGGGGCAGCUCUCAGGGAAGGGCUUCCCUUAACCUGUGCUGCCAGUUGGUGUGUGUUAUAAAGCCUUCCACGAAACCCAUUUCCUGUCUGUACUGUCUGUUACCAUUGCUGCUCGCUUUCCAGAGCAUGUGUUUGUAGUCAGAUCAAACCAGAAGGCUUCUAAAUCCAUGGAAGAAGCACAAAAACGGGUUGUUUCAAUACUGUUAAGUGAUGUACUGCCUGUGAUUUCUUAAUACCUCUUUGCACCUUUCCCUAUUUCUCAGGUCAAAAACAAAGUGAUAAUAAUCAUCCAAAUCAUAAAUACGCUCUUGUCCAAAAUCAUAGACCCAUUUUCUCAUUGUCUGGUCAAGGCACGGCACUGAUGUAUGCAAUCCAAAAUACUGCUUUUGUUAUGUAUAUACUGUACUGGAAACAUUGUCCAACGCUGCUUUACUUUCCCCUUUAGAAGCACAAGAAUUGUAAUUUUUUUGUCCUUUCUUGCCUACAUUCCUGAGAAAAGCCUCACCUGGGAUCUUUAAGCUUGCCCACGUAAGAAGAGGUCAGUGAAAGGGCCCGGCAGGUCCUGAGCUCACACUGAAAUCGUGAUGAUCCUCUGCAUUGUGUCUCUCUCCCCCAGCGAGUUGUGUUCUUACCUUUGUUACUUACUGGAAGAGAAAACAAAACCAAAAAAAAACAACACUUUCCUGUUCCAUGAAGUUCAGAAUCAGAUUGUUGUGAUACGACGCUCUGGAAUGAACGAAACGAGAAGGAUUUAAGACAACAGUGGGCUGGAUUUUAUCUUGCUUUUUUGGACAUUAAUAUGUUGACUCGGUCCUCUGCUUCUGGUGUAGAGUUCAGUUCUGGUAGCAUAACUAAAAACACGUACUGUGAACUGGAUGGAAGAAGUGCAGCAUUGAUG